AUGGCGACCACGCUGACGCCCACGCAGCGCUACGCGGCGGGGGCGCUGCUGGCGCUGGCGCUCCGCCAGGCGCAGAUCCACCAGUCCGCACCCCUCGGCUCCGGCUCCGGCUCCGGCUCCCCUGAUCCCGGACCCGAUGAUGAGGAGCGCGCCAGCAGCGCCAGCGGGAGCUCCUCCUCCACCGCCACCAUCAGCAGCGGCUCCGACACCGCCUCGGGCGCCGGCCUCUGGACGCACGACUCCCGCGGCCUCCUCCGCCCCGUCUUCAGGUUCCUGGAGAUCGAGCCCAUGGCGUGGGCGGGGAUGGAGGAGACGGCCGCGUCUCCGGACGCCAAGCAUCACAUCGGCGCGUUUCUAAGGAUAAUCUUUGAGGAAGACGGCGAGAGCUCUUCAGACAGACUGGAGCAGGAGCUUGCCUUGGCGAAAGCAGUUGAUGUUAUGGUCAUGAGCUUGGGCAGCGAAAAUGUGCCUGACGAGAAGAUCAAAGAAGAGAGUAAAGACUCCACGGCUUGUACCUCUGCUACACAGGAGUCUCUGGAGGCAGGCUCGUCCGAGAACUUGCUUGGAAUCGACAAGCUGUCCUUGGAAGAUGUUCCCGCAAAUGAUCAUUGCAAGAUGGCAUUGCUGUAUGCGCUUCUCUCCGCCUGUGUCGCUGAUAAACCCAUCUCGCAAGAGGAAGAGGACAGGAAGUCAUCUCACUUCAGGAAGGGGUAUGAUGCUCGGCAUCGUGUCGCUCUUCGGUUGAUAGCAGCAUGGCUUGACGUUAAGUGGAUCAAAAUGGAAGCUAUGGAGGUGAUGGUCGCAUGCUCUGCCAUGGCCGCAGCAAAAGAACAAGAACAAGAGCGUGAAAACGCAUCACCAAAAAGCAAGUGGCAGAAAUGGAAGCGUGGGGGAAUUAUUGGUGCCGCUGCGUUGACUGGAGGAGCAUUGUUGGCUAUUACUGGGGGUUUAGCUGCACCAGCCAUUGCUGCAGGAUUUGGUGCUCUAGCUCCAACACUGGGCACACUUGUCCCUUUCAUAGGGGCUAGUGGAUUUGCUGCUAUGGCUGCUGCGGCAGGAUCUGUUGCUGGCUCCGUGGCAGUUGCUGCCUCAUUUGGAGCUGCUGGGGCUGGCUUGACGGGCACCAAAAUGGCAAGACGAAUUGGUAAAGUGAAAGAAUUUGAGUUCAAACCUAUUGGUGAUAACCAUAAUCAGGGUCGCCUUGCUGUUGGCAUCCUGGUUUCUGGAUUUGCAUUUGAUGAGGAGGAUUUCUGUAAACCUUGGGAAGGCUGGAAGGAUAACCUAGAGAAGUACAUCCUUCAAUGGGAGUCCAAGCAUAUAAUCGCAGUGAGUACAGCAAUACAGGAUUGGCUGACAUCAAGACUUGCAAUGGAAUUGAUGAAACAAGGUGCUAUGAGAACUGUCUUAAGUGGCCUUCUUGCAGCAUUUGCUUGGCCUGCUACGUUGCUUGCCGCUACAGAUUUUAUUGACAGUAAAUGGUCUGUUGCUAUCAACAGAUCAGAUAAGGCAGGAAAAAUGCUCGCAGAAGUGCUUCUGAAGGGACUGCAAGGAAACAGGCCUGUGACUCUUAUUGGGUUCUCGCUUGGAGCACGAGUCAUAUUCAAGUGCUUACAGGAGCUAGCUUUAUCAAACGACAAUGAGGGACUUGUCGAGAGGGUUGUACUCCUUGGUGCACCAGUUUCAGUGAAAGGUGAGAGGUGGGAGCUUGCCAGGAAGAUGGUUGCAGGGAGAUUUGUGAAUGUGUACUCGAGAGAUGACUGGAUUCUCGGUGUGACCUUCCGUGCAAGCCUACUCACCCAAGGGCUGGCUGGCAUCCAGGCCAUUGAUGUACCUGGCGUUGAAAACGUUGAUGUUACCGAGCUUGUUGAUGGCCAUUCUUCGUACCUGUCAGCUGCCCAGCAGAUCCUGGAACAUCUUGAACUGAAUACCUACUAUCCUGUUUUUGUUCCCCUUCCGGAGGCCAGGAAAUAA